UACAGACUAGGGGUAUUAGGUAUGCUGUCCACUAAUGAUGAUAACGCUCCUGGUAACCAGAACCUCCUUGACCAGGUGAUGGCUCUAAAAUGGGUCCAGAAAAAUAUUGCAUCAUUUGGUGGGGAUGCAUCCCAGGUGACCAUAUUUGGAGAAAGUGCCGGUAGUUGGUCUGUCAGUGCACAGUCCAUUUCACCACUGGCCAAAGGAUUGUUUAACAAGGCUAUUGGUCAGAGUGGUUCAGUUGCAUUUGCUGACGUGGUUCAGUCUCAAGAAAUGCAGACUGCUAAUGUGAACACUCUAGCCACUCUGACAGGUUGUGAGUCAGAAAACACAGAUGAAGUGUUGGAUUGUCUGAGAACCAAACCAUAUAUGGACUUAGUAAGACCAGCACCACUAAAAGAGGAUGAUCCACCACCAGGUAUAAUGUGGGUCCCUAUAUUUGGAGAUUCAUUCUUCCCUAAACACCCAAUGGAACUUCUGGAAGAUGAUGAUAUUCAGAAGCAACUCAAGGGAAUAAAGUUCAUAUUUGGAGUCAAUGACAUAGAAGGCUACAUGUUCACAAAAUCUGAUGAGUUUAUGACAACAUUCGUUGCUGAUAAAACAUUGGAGAACUUGAAAAAUGACAUGCAAAUACUGUUGAUGAUGUUCUUACUGACACCCCCUCCAAGUGAAGACAAUAAAGCAAUGUAUGAUGGAAUCAUAGAUGCUCUGCUAGAUCAAUACCUCAAAGUAUCUGACCCGACAGAAGAAGAUCUGAUUGUGGCAGCAGCAAGAAUUGGUGGAGCUAUAUUACUGAAUGCUCCAGCAAUAAGAACUGCAAACAAAUUUAGAGAUGUAGGUGCAGAUGUAAAAUUUUAUGUGCUGAAUAAAGCGCCGAGUCAUAUUAUGAAGUUCAGGCCAAG